AUGUACCUGGCUGAACCGGAAGCGGAUAAGGUGGCACAAGAUGAGCUCCGCAUCAAGUUCGAAAGGGAGCCGAUCAAGGAGUUGCAGCAGCAGGCGCUUCCUAUGGCAGCAGCAGUAAGCACGGUGGACGUCAACCUGCUGCAUAGGAGGAUGGGGCACGCUGGUCAUUAUCGAAUCAAGGAUCUGAUCAAGAAGAACAUGGCAGCGGGAGUGAAGACCGGAAAAGUUACGGCUACCAGAGAUGUUACCUUCUACGAGCAAGACACCUACUUGGAGUGGAAGGGACGGAAACAAGGAGCUGUUGCAAAGGAAGCGGCAGGAGCACCAACUCCACUGGAGGAGAUGAUAGAUGGGAGUGAGAAGGAGGGGAUAGGGGCAGCCAAUGGAAGCGGUGACAAUGACGACUACGAAGACCACACUACGCCGGGUUCCGAUUGGGUGUGGGAGGUCCAGGCGUUGUCCUCACCUUCAACUGCUGUGGAAGAGGGUGAAGAAGACAAUGAUAAGGGAGAAGAAGUGAGUGACAACUCAACGAAUGAAGCCGGUGAGGAAGAAACUGAAAUUUCUGAUGUGGAGGAGAGUGUGGCUGAAUCUGCUAGCACGGCCUGCUCCGACCCAUGGCGAAUCAUUGACACGGGGGACAAUGAAAAGGUGGCAGCAGAGAUUGAAGACCUACUUUCAGACGGUGUGAUCGUCAUUGGAAGGGAGAUUGAAGGAGAUUCCGUGCAACAAGGAGCGGAUGAUAAUGCAGCAGCAGAGAAAAGUGGAGCUGAAAAUGAGAAUCAGGAGAUGGGGAAAGGGAAACGAGUCAAGAAACCCAAUCCUAAUUUUCUUGGGCAGAGGGUGUUGCAGCCAGAGGGACGCAAGUGGAAGGAGAUGGAGCGGACUAUCACUUACCUUCUGCAGCGGGAUGAUGAGGGGCUGUUGUUUGAAGGAGGAGAGGAGAGUCUAGAGCUAGUGGGGUACGCUGACGCCUCACAUGGAUCAAACAAGAAGGAUGGGAGGGGAGCCUAUGGCUAUGUCUACUGUUAG